CAAAUAACAUUCAUUUGAUCAGAAAAAAAACUAAUAAUAUUCGUUAAACACUUAGAUAAACACGAUUUCUGACUGAAACCACCUUUGAAAUUAAGAAAUGGAGAUUAUCUUAAUUUCUCUAUGUCUAGCCACCUUAUUAGCCUUUCUCUUCCUAAAACAACUCUUCAAACGAACAACCACCACCAAACUUAGUCCACCACCGUCUCCGUGGCGGCUUCCGAUCAUCGGAAACUUCCACCAGCUUAGUCUCUCCCCUCACCGCUCCUUUCGUUCCCUUAGCCUCCGUUAUGGACCACUCAUGCUCCUUCACUUUGGCCGUGUCCCGGUUCUCGUAGUCUCCUCUGCUGAAGUAGCUCAUGACGUUUUGAAAACACAUGAUCGUAUAUUCGCCAACCGACCUAUGACCAAAGCUAUAGGCAAAGUUAUGAAAGGUGGGAGAGAUAUAGCCUUUGCCCCCUAUGGCGAAUAUUGGAGGAAUAUGAAGACUUUAUGCAAUAUGCAUCUUCUGAACAACAAAAUGGUUCGGUCCUUUCAUAAACAGAGAGAAGAAGAGAUUAGUACUCUAAUGGAAAAGUUGGAGAAAGCGAGUUCAUCUUCUUCUAUAGUAAACCUUAGCCAACUUUUUAUUACCCUAACAAGCGAUGUAAUGAGUAAAGUUGCCUUGGGAAGAAAAUAUAGUAGUGACGAAGGCACAGUCGAUAUCAAGACCUUAGUGAAGACAUUUGCACGGGUCUUUGGCACAUUCCCCGUAGCGGAAUACAUUCCUAGUUUGGCAUGGAUAGAUUGGAUCCGCAGAUUGGAGAGUAAAGCAGAAGAAGUAAGUAAAACAUUCGAUGAUUUUUUGGAAAAAGUGGUGCAAGAUCAUGAUGUAGAUGCAGAUAACAAAAGAACAGGUUUUGUUGAAACGUUGUUAUCGAUUCAAAGGGAGAAGAUAACACCAUUCGUUUUUGAUAGAACCGACCUAAAACUCGUCAUCAUGGACAUGUUCAUUGGGGGGACGGCCACAGCUUCGUCAGUGCUAGAAUGGACAAUGACAGAGCUUAUUAGACAUCCAGAGUGUAUGAAGAAACUUCGAGACGAGAUUUGUUCGGUUUCAACGCAUAAUUCAUAUGUAAACGAGGACGAUGUUGAGAAGAUGAAUUACUUAAAUGCUGUAAUCAAGGAGACACUUCGUUUGCAUCCGCCAGUUUCAAUACUACUCCCCCGACUAUUAAGCGAAGAUGUCAGAUUAAAAGGAUAUGACAUUGCUGCAGGCACACAGGUGAUGAUUAAUGCAUGGGCAAUUCAACGAGAUAAUGCGACAUGGGGACCAGAUGCAGAAGAAUAUAAGCCAGAGAGACAUUUAAAUUCAUCUCUGGAUUUUCAAGGACAAGAUUAUAAAUUCAUUCCAUUUGGAUCAGGGAGAAGACUAUGUCCUGGAAUCAGAUUGGGAUUGGUAUUGGUUGAAGUGACAAUAGCAAACCUUGUGAAACGGUUUGACUGGAGAGUCCAGGCCGGACCACAUGGAGUUGAUAUGCCUGAUCUAGCCGAGGCAGCUGGUAUAGAGGCAUGUCGCAAAUACCCUCUUAUUGUCUUUCCAUCUUCUGCUGUGUUUCCUAUUUAAACUUUUUCUGCAACUCCUGGUCGUUUUUGUGACCCCGUCUCUUGACUCUAUUGUAAGAGCGUCUUUGCAUUAUUCUGUUUUCUU